AUGGAACAAAUCCGUCGCAUCAACCGACUCUUACCCACAGAUACCAUCUUCCUGCGACCGUUCCUAAUGAUCCCGGUCGACAAAGACUCGCCGUACUACCCGAAAGACCCGUCGGCCAUCAUCCGACCCAGUUCGCUAUCGGUUCGAUCGGCCACGAUCACCGGCUGUCCACCAUCCAGUUCUUCGGCCUGUUCCACCCCGAUGGAUUCGGUGGGUAUCAGCGAAGAAAACGCCAUCUCUCCCGAGGAAGAAAGCAGGAAAAAUAUGGAGGAGUUCCUAGGGAAGAUUGACUCGUCGAUUGCAACGACCCGGAAGUAUAUUGCCGAGUCGCAGCGAAACAGUGAGGUCGGUUCCAGUCAGAGCGAUGAUAAUAUAUUUAGUUCCGGUGCUAGCAUGAACAGUAGUGGGUACUAUUCGAAGCCGAGGGCUUACUCGACGGCUUCCUCUUCGUCGUCCAUCUCGUCAUAUCAGCAGUAUCAUUUCCACGGAUCGUCGGGGACUGGCGGCGGCGGCGGAGCCAGUUCGUCCCAUCAUCACAAACGACAAAGCUCCUCAGGGAGUGCAGCUUCCGAUACGAGUCAGCUGAUCGUAAUGACCCAGGGCAAGCGGGUGCAAAGUUCCCUCCAGAAGCUGGAAAAGCAACAGGACGAGCUGUUCGAAUUGUAGCAGCGACAAAGCCACUGGACCACCUGGUCCCGGUCCCGGUCGUCAUCCACGGAGGAGGAAGAGUCACCAUCGCCAACGAUAGAAAUGAAAAUGCUCGUCGAUUAUCAUCGGAACUAUCCGAAAGAAUGCCUUUUCGGAGGAAAUCGAGAUCACA